GCCCCGCCCUCCCUCUAUUUCAGGGCUGCCUUCCAGCUCAGCCUGGGCCACGGAGUGCUGGUCAGCGGGCGCCGAGAAAUGGACCAAUUUUGACAAGAUGUAGUGCUGCAGCACGCCUGGUCGGACAUGUUCAGUCAUGGCGUCCGAACUCUGUAAGACGAUCUCUGUGGCCAGGCUGGAAAAGCACAAGAAUUUGUUCUUAAAUUACAGGAAUCUGCACCAUUUCCCAUUGGAGUUACUGAAAGAUGAAGGGCUGCAACACCUGGAGAGGCUCUAUAUGAAAAGGAACUCUCUUACCACCUUGCCAGAAAACCUUGCUCAGAAGCUUCCAAACCUUGUGGAACUGUACCUACACUCAAAUAACAUAGUUGUGGUUCCGGAAGCCAUCGGGUCCCUUGUGAAACUCCAGUGUCUGGAUCUCAGUGACAAUGCCUUAGAGAUUGUUUGCCCAGAAAUUGGUCGUCUGAGAGCUUUACGUCAUCUUCGAUUAGCUAAUAACCAGCUACAAUUCCUACCUCCAGAGGUUGGCGAUUUGAAGGAGCUGCAGACACUAGACAUUUCUACCAAUCGUUUGCUAGCUUUACCCGAGAGGCUUCACCUGUGCCUUUCUCUGCAGUACCUCACUGUGGACCGCAAUCGGCUAUGGAGUGUGCCUCGCCAUCUCUGCCAGCUCCCCAGCCUCAAUGAGCUCUCCAUGGCUGGAAACCGUCUUGCAUCUUUGCCACUUGAUUUAGGUCGUUCUCGAGAACUGCAGUAUGUUUACGUGGAUAACAACAUCCAGCUGAAAGGCCUGCCAUCAUAUCUCUACAACAAGGUCAUUGGAUGCAGUGGCUGUGGCAUCCCCAUCCAAGUGUCUGAGGUGAGGCUGCAGACCUUCUCAUCUGGGCAGCUGACCGUCUUCCUCCCGGCCGAGGUGAAGGCCAUAGGCACGGAGAACGAUCGUGUCCUGCCUCUGCAAGAACAGGCCAUGCGGUGUCUCUACCACACCUACCACAGGCUCUGGAAAGAUCUGAACUUUUUGUCUGUAAUCUCAUUACCCAGAAGUCUCCUGGAGCUGCUGCACUGCCCCCUGGGCCACUGUCACCGGUGUAGUAAGCCCAUGUUUACCUUCGUCUAUCCCAAGCUUUUCCCCUUGAGAGAGACGCCGAUGGCGGGCCUGCACCAGGGGAGGACAACUAUUGGCUUCGUGGCUUACUGCUGCUCCGCCCAGUGUCUGCAGGCUUUUGACCUGCUGAGUUGAUAAACACUCUACAGUCUUCAGAGCACUGCCAGCUCAACACUGCAGCUGCCUGCUGUCGCCCAGUGUGUGUGGCCGGGCCAGGAGAGUCCAGCCAGGCAGAACAGACCCUUCCAUCCUGUCCUGCCCAGUCCAGCGUGGGGGUGGGGGGGCAUGCUGAACUCUCUGGAACUGUCCUGAUUGGCCUUCAUAACUGAGAGGCCUUCACCCUUCCUUCAAGUUGGAAUAUAUCCUCCCCCAAAUUAAGGACA